AUGUCUUUCCUCAAACGUAUACUCGACCAAAAGCACAACCCUCCCAAACCCUCGACUGAGUCCUUUGCGGGCCUCACGCUCCUCAUCACUGGCGCAACGUCUGGCUUAGGCCUCGAAGCCGCUCAGAAGCUAGCCGCGCUCCACGUGUCCCGAUUGAUCAUAACCGCGCGUACCGACGCCAAAGGUCAAGCAGCGAAGCGCGAGAUCGAAGCCUCUCUCGCUUCGGCAUCUGAGGCCGCGGCUACCAGUAGUAGUUCGGCUUCGCCCGCCACGGAGAUCAUUCCCCUAAGACUCGACAUGUCCUCUUUUUCAGGCGUCAAAUCUUUCAUGGACACUUUGCGCGCUCGCUUUCAUUCGAUCGACGGCGCCAUCCUGAACGCAGGUGUGAUGACGAGCGAAUACUCCUCCGGUUCGGACGGGUGGGAAGACACCAUACAAGUGAACGCUCUCAGCACGUUCCUCCUCGGCCUGCUCCUCUUACCUCUGCUCCUCUCCUCUGGGACAACCUCCGAUACCGCGACCGACGGAAGUCCACGCAGCAGCAAGAUCAAACCACAUUUGACUUUUGUCUCGUCUGGCUCGGUCCACCUCAUGAGCCCAAGCAAGAUGUCAGACUUCUUCUCAAGCAAAACACCUCUCGAAGAGCUAAACAGCCCAAAACAUUUCCCACCGGGACUUGCGGGUGCGAGUGCACAGUACGAGCGGUCCAAACUCAUCCUCGAGUACGCCACGCGACAUCUUGCAGCUUCAACCGCCCUCGGGAGCCCCAAUGGACAGCAGCCAAGAGUGAUAGUUAAUACUGUCUGUCCCGGCUUGUGCAAAAGUGAUCUAGGGCGACAAUUAGCGGACAGCGCAGUCAUCAGGAUCAUGACGUGGUGCGUGCAUAGGUUCUUCGCGCGUACAGCCGAACAGGGUGCCAACUCAUACACGACGGCAUUGUCGGUAAGCGAUCAAGGUCACGGACGCAUGUGGAAGGACGACUGCGUGUACGACGACGGCCCGUUGCUCUCGAGUCAACAGGGUAUCGAGUUCGGUGACAGGGUGUGGGCUGAAGUAAGUCAGGUCAUGUUAAAGGCAGACGACCGCACCGGGGUGUUUUUGACUUAA